AUGUUGAGCAUUUUGGCAUGCCUUCUCGCGGCCAUUGGUCUGUUGCUCCCCAUCCAUUUCCUCAUUGCCCUCUAUCAUCUAUUUCUGAAUCCUCUAAGGCGCUUUCCCGGUCCCAAAAUCGACGCCCUAUCGCAACUGGUCUGGUCAUAUCACUUAUGCAAGGGCGACUCUGCCAAAUACAUCACCGAGCAACACGCAAAGUACGGCGAGAUUGUCCGCACCGCAUCAAAUGAACUGUCUUUCAUCAGUGCCUCCGCCUGGCAGGAGAUCUACGGUAACAAGUCUGGCUGGGAUAAUGUCUAUGAGAAGAAUGGCAUCGCCUACCUGCAGGGGAACGAAGAUACCACGAAUAUCUUCUUCGCUUCCAGCCGACAGCAUGCCCCCGUGCGCCGAAUGAUGGCUCCUGCCUUCUCAGAACGUGCGGUAAAGAAACAAGAAGCCUUGGUUCAGGAAUGUCUGGAUCAUAUGAUGACUUCGCUUCGUAAGCGUAACGGUCUGGAGCAUUUCCCCCGUGAGGAUGGCGUUGUGAACAUGGCCGCGUGGUUCAACUUUGAGGUUUUUGAUGUACUGAGUUCCCUGGCCUUUGGCGCGAGUAUCGGGUCCCUAGAGAGUGGCCAGUAUCAUCCCUGGAUCAAGGUCAUCUACGGCGCCAUCAAACACUCUACCUUGAUCCAAAGUGCUCAUCGCCUUAAGCCUUAUCAUCGCCUGCUUGAGUGGUUGAUCCCCCAGGACGUUGGAAACCAAUAUGAGGUGCACUUGGAAAACUGUACCAAGACUCUGCGAGCUCGACUUGAGAAGCUAGCUCCGGAUCGUCACGAUAUCCUCUCAUUUAUCCAUGAUAGAAUGUCAUAUGAGGAGUUGCUGGAUAAUGUUAAUAUCCUCGUUACCGCGGGGGGGGACUCAACGGCCACAACACUGGCCUCGGUGGUAUACUACAUCACUCACAACACACACAGCUAUACUACUUUGGUUCAAGAGAUUCGGGACUCAUUCGAAAAUGAGAAUGAAAUUACCAUCGCCACUGUUAUGCAGUUGAAAUACCUCCGGGCAGUGAUUGAUGAAAGUAUGCGGGUUCAUCCCAGUGUCCCGGUUGGAUUACCGCGCAUCGUGCCCAAGAGCGGUCGGUUCAUAGAUGGACACUUUGUGCCAGGUGGUACAUGGGUGUCAGUGACCCAGCUCACCGCGUAUCGAUAUCCUAAGUACUUCAAACACCCAGAACAAUUCAUUCCCGAGCGAUGGCUCGGAGACGCCCAAUUUGAGUCAGAUAAUCGCUCUGUAUUCCAUCCCUUCUCUAUUGGAGCUCGGAACUGCAUUGGACAGAAUUUGGCCAUGUCAAAUAUGUGCCUUACCUUGGCCCGGCUGCUGUGGAAUUUUGACCUAGAGUCACAGCCGGAUAAUAUCGAUCCACAUGAGUCUAAAGAAUAUGGUCUCUGGGAGCAUCGGCCAUUGAACAUCAAGCUGACUGGUGUGCGACGGGCAUAA